CCAAAAUUCUGAUCCCAAUGGUCAUAAGUCGAGGACUAUCUAUAAUGAUAAUAAAUCUGCUCAUAGCCUCAUUUUCUUGAUAUUUAUUUGGGGGGAGGGUAUCAUUUUUACGGGCCCAGCCACAAAAUCCUGUCACACAGACAUAUUUCCCUUCACCAGGAAAUACUAAAAAACCCCAAAAGUUUAAACCUGACCACUUAUUUUGUGGAGUUUGUACUUAUCCCAUUUGCUUAUCACUGUGCAAAUACAUUUCAGCUUCAGAUUUUUGAAAGGGUGCCAGUUUAAGGAGUUUGAGGAAGUCCGGGCAUGCAAAAGAGAGAUUUCCCCUUUAUUUAUUUGUUUUGGGAUCUUCUACUUUCCUCAGGCCCAUCCAAAUCAAUAGAGGGCACUUUAAAAAAAAAAAAACAGAAAAAGGAAAAAGAAAAAGAAAGAAAAAUCUCACACCCAACAUGAAACAAGCUCUUGCAGAAAGAAUAGAAAGUGAAAGAGCUUCACAGCAGAAACAGACUUUGAGAAACUCAGUUGCUUGAUUCUUUCAAUCAAGGCUCAGUAGCAAGGGAGCGUGUCUUAGAUUAAAUGCUCUGGGCAGAUGCAGAAUCUGGAUGAAAAGGAAAUCAACUGGGCAGAUGUGAAAGGAGUUGAGCGCUGCUUUCUCAGGCCAAGCAAGCUGUGAAUUGUUAUUUGAAUAAUUUUAGCAAGAGGAUUAUCUAAGAAAAAAAGGUUGUAGCAGCUGCUAAGGUACUGUGGAAGGCCAGAAUGAAUGAAGAAUUCAAGAUGGGGCCAUCAAGUCUAGUUCGAAGAGGUGAACUUCAGGUGGUCUCUGAUGAAAAAGUGCCAAGCAGGCUUAGACAUGAAAAUCCAAUCAGGAAAACAUCUGAAACAACAGAGCUUCUGUUCAUUACUCUUGCAGAGCAAAGGUUGUGGAAACAGCUUCUGGAAAUCCUCUCUCCAUCCCUUUGGGAAGUUAAGGUUUCAGCAGCCCUCCAAAGCGAUUCACCAGUCAUCUCUUUCACUGGCUCUCCAGAGGUGGUUCCGAGAGCCAAAGAAACCAUCAGCAAAUUGCUCAUUUUAGUAGGCUCCCAGGUUCAAGUCAAUCGGAUAGAUGUUCCACACCUCAAAGCUGCUGGCUUCUUCCAACUCCAGAAGGGAUCCCAUCUUUUCCUUUGGGAAGGAGAAGCUUCUCACAUCAGGGCAGAUGCUGUGGUGAGGAUCGGCACCAACGGUGGUCUGGACAGUGGAAAUGCCGUGUUUGCUCAGAGGGUGUGGAGCCCAGAAAGGUCUCUUUAUACGAAUUUGGACAUUCACUUUUCAUGUCCACCAACAGCUGGACUAGCAGCUGGGAUGGUGAAACUGGCCUUGGACGCCGCCUCGCGGAAAGGAUUCCAGUCUGUAGUUGUAACCUACUCAGGCAGUACAAUCUCUACAACUGAAGCUGAGGUAAUAGUUCUAGGAACGGAGGCCUUUAGGAAAAAACAUCCUGUCGGUCCCUUGAAAAGCCUUCAUGUGGUCUCUGAAGACAGACAUGCCACUAUGCUGUUGUACAAGGAAUGUCAGAAGCACUGGUCUUCUGGAAAAGAUGACUCAGAGAAGUUAAGAAACAUGCUAUUGUCUUUAGAGUCCACCAAGAUUGAGGUAGCGACCAGUCCUGAUGAAAAGAAAAAAGCAGACGUGGUGGUUCUGCCCCUGGUUCUGGAUCCUGAUGGGCUGGACUGGGGAUCAGGAGUCCAUGCCAUCAUCCAGAAGGCUCUGGAGAUUGUCCCCCAAUGCAGUGACCUGUGUCCAGGAGAUAUUCUUUCGGUGGCAGGUUCAGCCUUUCCAGAGCUUGGCUGCAGAAUGAUAUACCUAGUAAGGUUUGAUGAUUUGCAGCGGACAUCUAAAGAAGCUCAUAAGCAGGCUAUUCGAAACAUGGUUUGGAGCUGUCUCAGAACCUUCUAUGGGUCCUUCCUGGAAUCCAUUGUGUUUCCCAUCCUCCAGCCAGUAGAUGCAGGUCCAGUUGUGAUGUGGGAAUGGCUCCUUAUCUUGCUGGAGGAAGUUAAUCGGUUCUUGAAAAACUUUCCCAAUACUUGGAUGAAGCUGGUGCAAAUCAGGCCCCUUCCAGGAUGGAUUCUGCCAUGUCCGAUAGAAGAUUCUGUCUGUUUUGCUGCAGAGCCGGUGGGAUUAUGUCACAUGGAAGAACCACUUUUUCUCCAGUACCUUGAGGAGAACUCAAGCGCCUUCAAUGAAUUUCAAGUGCAACUGAAGAAGGCUGGUUAUGACAUCCAGAUCGACUUUGAUUGGAGACUAUUGAUAUUCCAGGCCAUCAACCAGUCUAUGCAGCUGCUUGACUUAGAAAAAGCCUUUGAGUUUGUGCGGAAGAAGUAUGUGCUGCAUUGUGAGACACGGGGAGAGAUUCUAAAAGUCCUGAUUGACCACCAAAGACUUAUGAAGAGAUACAAAUCCCUCAGGAUCUACAUCCUUGACCGAAUGUGGCUUGUAGGCCUGUUGGAUGAGGUCUGUUGCUUCUUACAAUGCCUUGCCCAGGAGGCAUCUCAGAGGCAAUGGGUGAGCUGGGAGUGCACAGCUGAACCAUUGCCCUGGUAUACUAUUGCCAAAGAUGUUGUCCUUCAGGAGAUACUCCCAUCCAAUCCUAUGAUAAAGCUUGAAAUUAUUGCUAAGACUCCAGCAACUAUCAGAUUCUGGGGACCCCAUCGGAGAGUCAAGGAAGCAGAGAGGCGUCUCAAGGAGCUCUUGAACACCUUCCAGAUUCUACCAAUACCUUUGUCUAAUUUCCAGUUGCAAUUUGUCAAGGCACAUUGGGGCAAAGUGUUCUACAACCAUUUCUUCCUAGAAAGGAGCAUCCCUGUUGUUUUGGAGCUCUCUCAGGUUGUCCAAAUUGCUGGCCUAGACUUGGGCAAAAUGAAGGAAGCCAAAGAGAUCCUCAUGAAGCUAGUGUGUGAAAGGACUGUGGACAUUGCAGGAGACUUGAAAUGGGCUACUGAGUGUUCAGACUGGAAGGAGCUGCUGCAAAGACUGGGAACCCAUAAGGAAGUAGCCAUUCAUCAUGUGGCACCUGGUUGGGUGAUCUUGGUGGGUUUCUAUCCUCUGGUCUUUCAAGCAGAAGACUCUAUUAAGGAAUACUUGAGAGAGAAUUCUCCUAUGGAAGAAAAAGUGAGACUCACUGGACCAGAAUUAGCUUUAGCUGGGAAGGAUCUGCUUCAUAUAAUGGGCUGGGAACAUCUCGGCAUGAAUGUCGCAUUCCAGGUGAACAGUCAGCCUUUAGUGCUGCUGGUGAGUGGUCUUCAAAAAUACGUGAAAAAAGCCCUGCCAGCCAUCAAGAAGGACUUGGAUUCUUUGGCGUUUGAUAUAGUACCUCUAAGGAAGAGAAUUCUUAGUGAAUACUUCUCUGGAGUUGGAGCCAGUCUGCUCAAGAACAUGGCUUGGCCGUUGGGCUGCAUUGCCGGGAUGAAGACUGAAAAUCCCGAUGGUUGGAACAGCUUCAUAAAUAAUGAGGACCUCAUAAAAGAGAGAUUCGCUACGGGUUUCUCAGAGGCAAUAUAUGUAAUGGGCAAAAGGGACCCCGUGAUCUUAUUGAAGCAAAAUGUGGCUGGCUUCAUCACAAAGUUUUCUACAAAAUCCAUCCGUCAUGAAGCAAUUGCCACUUCUAAAAAUAUGAACAUUGAUGAGUUCCUUAGGAACAUAUUCCACAAUUUUCCUGUAGAUAUCCGUUGGUCGCAGGAUGAUGAACUCCAGAUUUGUGGUUUCCAAGAAGAUGUGGAGAAUGUUCUGGAAGCUGUUCAUAGAAAAAUUGAGAAAUACCUAUCUGAAAUAAUUGAAGUCAAAGCUCAAUAUGAGUCAGUCCCUUAUAUUGUUAUAAAAAAAAGCUUGUUCCAGAAGAGAUUUCCAACAAGCCCUUUUGUAAGCACAGAAAUGUUGGCCAAAGAUCCAGCAACUAUCAUAUUUAGAGGUCCCCGUCAGAAGUUGGUGGAACUGAGAAGGCACUUUGAAGAGCUCUUUAGUGGUUUCCAAUUUUUACCGGUCUCUCUCUCCGAACUCCAGUUUCAGUUUGUCAAGGCACAAUGGGGCAAGCUCUUUCACGAUGGUUUUUUUUCAGAAAGGAACAUCCUGGCCAUUUUUGAGAUCUCUGAAGUUGUCCAGAUUGGUGGUUUAAGCUUGGGUGAACUCCAAGAAGCUAAAAAGCUCCUGAUGGAACAAGUGUGUGAGAAGACCGUGGAGAUUGCAGAUCAGUUGCAAUGGGUCACUGAGGAGACAGAGUGGGAAGAGUUGUUGAACAGAUUAAAGUCUCAUAAGGACGUUGCUGUUCAUUACACUCCACCCAACCAAGUCACUGUGGUUGGUCCUUCUCCUCGGGCUGCUGAGGUAGAAGAAUAUAUUAAGGAGCACUUAAGAGAUAAUUCCCCUUUGAAAGAAAGUAUGAUGCUUACUAGAUCAGAAUUAGUAUUAGCUGGUGGGGAAAGUCUCCUUCAUAUUAUGGAUUGGGAACACCUCAAGGUAAACAUCAAAUUCAAGCCGAGCAAUUGUAGGUUGUCAUUGCAAGUGAAAGGACUCCGGAAAUUUGUGAAGGAAGCCAUUCCUGUGAUCAAGAAAGAUUUGGAUUCUCUGAUGUUUGGUCUGAUACCUCUGAAGAAGAAAACAUUAUGCAUCUACUUCUCUGAGGAUGGGGCAGAUCUGCUGAAGAACAUGGCAGAAACCCAGAAUUGUAUUGUAAAGAUGCAAACUCAGGGGAACCAUAGUUCUAGCAAUGGAACUACCCGUAGUAAUGGGGAAGUAUUGCAAGACUUAGCUGAGGACCACAGGGCUGUGAUCCAUGUAGUGGGCAUCAGAAGCGAAGUGACUUCACUCAAGCAGCAUUUGUCAGAUUUCAUUGCUAAAUUCCACAAAAAAACCAUCUGUAGUGCCGAGCUAUCAACCUUCAGUAAUGACAGCCUUAAAGCCCUUUGCGAAGCUGUCUCACCUCAGUAUCCAGUUGUCUUCCAUCGCCUAACAGAAAAGGUGGUUUGGCUUUGUGGUUCUCAAGAAGAUGUUGAAAAUGUUUCUGGGAAGAUUUACACCAAGUUAGAGGAAGUUCUUGUGGCAAAGAUCGAAAAAGCUCAAGCUGAACACACAGAUUCCAAGCUUCUGUAUGAGACUAUCCGUUGGCAUCAUAGGUCUGAUGCCGGAUGGUCUACUUUUGACAUGCUAACCAAUCGCUAUCUGGAGCAGGCAUAUAGUGAGAAGAAAACAGAGGCAUUAGUGCCAUGGUAUGGACAAAAACUGGCAAUCAACUUUCUGACAGGUGAAGCUUUCAUGCCAAGCAAGAAAAAAAUCAGGAUAAGGAGAGAGAUCUGCUUAUGGGACAAGAAUAUUGCUCCCUACUGGGAAGCCAUGGAUGGAUUAGUUAAGAAAGUGGAACUGCAGGCACAUUCAAAGGAAUAUCAGGAUGUUGUGAAGAAUUUCAACAAGACAGCUGGGAACUACAAUGUUGUCAAAGUAGAGAGGAUCCAAAACCGAUAUUUGUGGGUUUCUUAUUGCUGGAAAAAAAGCUGGAUGGAGAAAAGAAAUCCAGAAGGGACAAAGAAUGAACUUAUUCUCUAUCAUGGGACGCUGUCAGAAAACUGUUCCUCUGUCUGUGAGAUUGGCUUCAAAAAUGCUUUUCGAAAGCAAAGUCUCUAUGGACAAGGCAUUUAUUUUUCUGUGGCUGCUGGCCGUGCUGUGUACUAUGCCAAACCAGAUCCGCAAGGGCUCCGAUACGUUUUUCAAGCUCGCGUUCUUACGGGAGAAUAUGGUUGUGGGAAAGAAAAUAUGAUAUUGCCUCCAGUGAAACAAGAGGGAAACGGCCGCUAUGAUAGUUUGGUGGACGUUCUUUCCAAGCCGAAUAUUUUCGUGGUAUUUUUUGACGAUCACGCGUACCCUGAGUACUUGAUCACCUUCCGAGGCAUGACAUCUUCAUAGCAGUUCUGAGGGACCGGAAACAACCUCAAUGGAACACAAGUGGAAGCACACAGAUUUUCCGAUGGGAACAAAGAAGAAAUAAUUUAUUUCAGGGGGUAUAUAGUGUAUCGCCGGAGGAGAGAUUGUCGGAGAAUUAUGAAACAUGCAAUUCAAUUUCAGUUGGAGGUCUUAGCCUCUGGAAAUGGUUUGUGGAACAUUCUCAUGUCAGGACAAGGAGGCUGUGUGAAUAUACGAAUGAAUUGUACCGUUCCUAACUUAUCCUUCUAAACCCACACAGUUUAUAUGUGUGACACAGCUCUAGCUACUUUGCAAUUCUCAGCCUCUCUGAGAUUAAGUAUAAAUUUUGGGUGAAAUAAAUAUUAAAGGUAGU